CACGCCGGGACUGGGUUGUGGGGGGAGGGAGGCGGUUAGUGGGCUUUAGCGCCUUUUCUGGCGGCGGCAGAUUUGAAGCGCUUUAAAGGAUCGGACCCCGAGAAGAGGAGCCUGUGCUGGUGCAAGGCUGACUGCAAGUUCUCCCACGUUGCCGAGGAGCUGUGAGCAGCACAGGCCUUUUAGGAGGAGAUAAUUACUCUUUUGGAGGAAGGGAUGGCUUCGGAGCUCCAUAUGUCUUGGGGGAAGUGUGCGAAUUUGUCUCAUUUUUAGUCUUUUAAGGUGCUGAAUCGAGGUCUGCGGGAAUGGAAAACUCUCAGUCGCUUUGGAAAUGCUGUUGUCAGGUUGCCUUCCCCUGCUGUCAGUGGUGUACAACAAAUAUGCAAACUUCCUAGGUUAGAAACUUUGGAUUUGUUUCCGGCCCAGCCAUCUUUCUGAACCUCAUUUUUUUUUUCAUCUAUAAAAUGAUACUUUGAUUUCAGACAUUCAUCAGCUGUGGGCUUCAGAAAUAAAUAUUCAGUCUAUAAAAUCAGAAGAUUGGACCAGAUCAUCUAUUUCCUUCAAAUUUCAAAGGAGCAAAAAGAUUGGAUCAGUUUGUCCUUGAUUUUUCUUUAUUUCAAGAUUGACGUAUUGAAGCCAUGGGAAUAAAAGUUCAGCGUCCUCGAUGUUUUUUUGACAUCGCCAUUAAUAAUCAACCUGCUGGAAGAGUUGUCUUUGAAUUAUUUUCUGAUGUGUGCCCCAAAACAUGCGAGAACUUUCGUUGUCUUUGUACAGGUGAAAAGGGGACAGGGAAAUCAACUCAGAAGCCAUUACAUUAUAAAAGUUGUCUCUUUCACAGAGUUGUCAAAGAUUUUAUGGUUCAAGGUGGUGACUUCAGUGAAGGGAAUGGACGAGGAGGGGAAUCCAUUUAUGGAGGAUUUUUUGAAGAUGAGAGUUUUGCUGUCAAACACAACAAAGAAUUUCUCUUGUCAAUGGCCAACAGAGGGAAGGAUACAAAUGGCUCACAGUUCUUCAUAACAACAAAACCAACUCCUCAUUUAGAUGGGCAUCACGUUGUUUUUGGGCAAGUGAUUUCUGGUCAAGAAGUUGUGAGAGAGAUAGAAAACCAGAAAACAGACGCAGCUAGCAAACCAUUUGCUGAGGUGCGGAUACUCAGUUGUGGAGAGCUAAUUCCCAAAUCUAAAGCUAAGAAAGAAGAAAAGAAAAGGCAUAAAUCCUCUUCCUCCUCCUCCUCCUCAUCCAGUGACUCAGAUAGCUCAAGUGAUUCUCAGUCCUCUUCUGAUUCUUCUGAUUCUGAAAGUGCUUCUGAAGAGAAAUCAAAAAAAAGAAAGAAGAAACAUAGGAAAAAUUCUCGUAAACACAAGAAAGAAAAGAAGAAGAGAAAGAAAAGCAAGAAAAGCGCAUCUAGUGAAAGUGAGGCUGAAAAUCUUGAAGCACAACCCCAGUCUACUGUUCGUCCAGAAGAAAUCCCUCCAAUACCUGAAAACAGAUUCCUGAUGAGAAAAAGUCCUCCUAAAGCUGAUGAAAAAGAAAGGAAGAACAGGGAGAGAGAGAGAGAGUGUAAUCUACCUAACUCCCAGCCUGCUUCAUACCAGAGGCGACUUUUAGUUACUAGGUCUGGCAGGAAAAUUAAAGGAAGAGGACCAAGGCGUUAUCGAACUCCUUCUAGAUCCAGAUCAAGGGAUCGUUUCAGACGUAGUGAGACUCCUCCACAUUGGAGGCAGGAGAUGCAGAGAGCUCAGAGGAUGAGGGUAUCAAGUGGUGAAAGAUGGAUCAAAGGGGAUAAGAGUGAAUUAAAUGAAGUAAAAGAAAAUCAAAGAAGCCCAGUUAGAGUAAAAGAGAAAAAAAUAACUGAUCAUAGGCAUGUGUCUGAGAGUCCAAACAGAAAAAGUGAAAAGGAGAAGAAAGUUAAAGACCAUAAGUCGAACAGCAAAGAGAGAGACAUCAGAAGAAAUUCAGAAAAAGAUGAUAAAUAUAAAAACAAGGUAAAGAAAAGGGCCAAAUCGAAAAGUAGGAGUAAGAGCAAAGAGAAAUCCAAGAGUAAGGAAAGAGAUACAAAGCAUAAUAGACAUGAAGAGAAGAGGAUGAUGAGGUCAAGGAGUAAGGAAAGGGAUCAUGAGAAUGUUAAAGAAAAAGAAAAGUCUGAUUCUAAAGGGAAAGAUCAGGAAAGGAGUAGAAGUAAUGAGAAGUCUAAACAGUUAGAAUCCAAAAGCAAUGAGCACGAGCAUAAUAAAAGCAGGGACAGACGUGCACAGUCGAGGAGUAGAGAACGUGAUACAGCUAAAGGCAAACACAGUCACAAUAGUAGAACAAGGGAACGGAGCAGAAGUAGGGACUGGAGCAGAAGAGUGCGGUCUAGAAGCCAUGACCGAGAUCGCAGCCGAAGCAAGGAGUAUCACAGACACAGAGAGCAGGAGCACAGGAGACGGGGAAGGUCACGGAGCCGUGAGAGAAGAGCAACGCCAGGAAGAUCAAGAAGUAAAGAUAGGCGGAGAAGGAGGAGAGAUUCACGGAGCUCAGAGAGAGAAGAAAGUCAAAGCAGAAACAAAGAAAAAUACAGAAAUCAAGAAAGUAAGAGUUCACACAGAAAAGAGAAUUCUGAGGGUGAGAAGAGAAUGUACUCUAAAAACCGUGAUCAUAGUAGCUCAAAUAGUAACAGGGAAAAAAAGGCUGAUAGAGAUCAAAGUCCAUUCUCAAAAAUAAAACAAAGUAGUCAGGACAAUGAAUUAAAGUUCUCCACUUUGAAAAAUAAAGAGGAUGAGAAGACCAGAUCCUCAGUGGAAAAAGAAAACCAAAAAUCAAAGGGUCAAGAAAAUGACCACGCACAUGAUAAAAAUAAAAAAUUUGAUCAUGAAUCAAGCCCUGGAACAGAUGAGGACAAAAGUGGAUGAGUGAGUUAUAUAAACUUCCUACUUCCAUUCUGUCUCAGAUUUUAAGUUUUAGAGACUUGCUGAUGAAUCUCCUUUAUGUUGUUUUCCUCUUUUCGUUGUUUUGGGGUUAUGUUUGUCCCUUUUUUUUUUCCCCCCAAUGUGGACUUUAUUGAGUUGAUCUUUUGAUAAUCUGCAACCUGGAUAAUUUGUACUGCUAAAGUUUUAAUAAACUUGAAAUGAGAAAAACACUUUGGUGUAAUACUGUGUGCUGUGUUUAACUAUUUCACGUAUGCAUUUUUGUGUUGCAACAAUCAGCCAAUAGCCAACAUGCUAUUCUACACCCUAAUUUGUGUGACCAGCUAGUUGGAAACAAGCAUAACUGAUUGUUGGAAUACAUGUGUUACAAAAGUUUGUGUUUCUCAUGAUUAAAGUAACCUUAGAAGCCAUUAGAUAGAAGAAAUCUUGUAUAGAUUUUUUGAUUGCAUUUAUAAUAGAGGCUUGCAGCAGCAGCUUUUAAAUACACAGAAUUGGGACCCUAAUAACUUGAGACACUAAGUCAUCACUUUUGAUUUUGUAGUAGUUUGUGCUUUAAAAUAGAUACUUAGUUAUUUAUACUGCACUUAUGUUAUUCUUUAUAGUUCUACCGGUAGCUUGUUUCAUAUUAAUAUUUUUACUGUUUUGUUUUACUUAACUGUCUAUAAAUAUAGUUGAGUAUUUUUUUCAGUUGAUGUACUGAUUGGGGUUGGCUUGCUGUUAUACAGCAUCUGACAAGAACUGUACCUUGAAGAACAAGUUGUAAUUCUCAAUUCUAUGUUGCUUUUGGUCUGAAGGGAUGAAACUCUUGCUUUUGGGGAAUGUUUUAUUAUUAUUAUUAUUAUCAUUACCCUUCUCUAAAAUGAAAAAAAUACUUUCCUCACUAAAACAUACCACUUGUGCAGGUCUUUAUGUUAGACGGAUUCUAAAAAUUGUUAGUAUUGACACAUUAACUUGUGAAAUUUCUCUUUUUGGCCACUGACCUGUAUAGAGUUGAGUGUUAAUGUUGCAUGGUUGUUUUUUUUAAUUUGAACUGACUUCUCUAACUCUCAUAACUGUGAGUUUCAACUGGCAAGAAAAUGCAUCUUUUUUAUAUAUGUAUCACAGUAGGCUGUAGCAUGUUUGUGACUCUGGUUUCUUUCUACUUAGGUGGCUUUAUACCAUUACUGUUAAUCAUUAUUUUAACUUUGCAUGUAUAACAUUGCCACAUAGAGUAGAAAGUUGCAAAAUUUGAUAGCUUACAGUGUUAAACACUAAAGAUGUCCAAAGUCCAUUUAGAGUUUUGUGUUGUAUAUUGCUAUUUUAGUGAUAUGUGGCCUUUUAUUCUGUAAUUUCUCUUCUAAACAAAAUAUUGAACAUCCAGUAAACACAAAACCUGCCUCAUUUGAAAAGAAAUUUCAGAAUUCCAAUUAGUAGUUACCUCCAGAGUGUUUUGUACUUUAAUAUUUGUCAAUAUAGCAUCAAAUAGCUACUCUGUUACCAAGGCAGCUCCUUGGUAAACCCAGUAGCUGCUCAGUGCUAUUUGUACUUGAGCAAAGCAAUGUUUAUAAACAUAAUACUUUCCAUUAUUGAUUAAUACAGUAAUGAUACAUUUGGCAUUGUGGUAGCCAUUUAUAUAACAAAUAGGGUAAUGAUUGUAAGAUUGUUUGCAAUAGCUUGAAACAAAUAUCCAUAGCAGUCUUACCAGAUUUUUUUUCCUGAUGGUAAAAGUAAUAGAUGUUUAUGAUAAUCCAGGGUGAUUGAUUCCUUAGAGACUUUGACCGCAAACCUUAGAGAUAAUUGAGUCUUGAGUCCCCAAGCUGUAUAAUGUGUUAUACAUUUUAAGUUAGUUAUUGUUUGUCUUAAAUUCAGUAAACUGCAUUUUAAAAGUCUUUGUUAUAAACUAUAUGAGCUUCAAGAAAGGUGCUGUUUAAGAAAGGAUUUCUAAUAACAAUUAUAUUUUUUAAAAAAAGAAAACACAUGCUAAGUAAAAAUACUUCUAUGUUGUCUGAUCCCAGAGCUUUAUCCACUAAGAAUUAUAGACAAGUAACCAUAGAGGGAAAAAAUAGUAAUUUCUUGAAGUAGUAUUCUGUUUUGGUUAUCAAAAAAGCAGUCCCCAUGCUAAGCAUUAUUUAUAGGCCUUUAAAAAAAAAUCUUUGUUAGCUGUUUUUACAAUAGAACAGAUAUGGUAAAGGAGUUGAAGUAAGAGAUGACAAUCAGCUAGAUUUUAUUUUCAGACUAUAAAUAACAUUUAGAAAAUGAUCAAGCAGCAUUAACUGUACCUCAUCUGCCUUUGCGUCUGAAUAGUGCACCAAUCAAAUGAUCCUUUCAUUACAUUUUUAAUAGUUGUGCAAUCUUUUAAGUUUUGAAGUCAACUAUUUAAUUCUUUCCUGCCAAACUGAUAUAAUACUUAUGUUUGAGCUUAAAGUUUACCUCAAAGUAUCUGAUUUCAUAUCCUCUUAAAGAUAUUUAAAUUAGUUUUUCUUGCUUGAUUGGCAGUAUCUGAGAAAUUUUGUCAUGAUUAUUUCAUGUGAAUUCUUUUUUUGGGUAAACCAUCUGCUAUAGAAAUUGACAUUGCAGAGAGAUUAAUGUUAAUGAACUUGUAGAGAAGCUACUAGGUUGCUUUAAAACAUUUUUAAAUUACUCUAUAGUUAGUGAGUUUGUAGAGCACUGUAGUUUCUAAGUUUCUUAAUCAGAUCCCUCACAAAAGUUUCAGAGGAUUUGUCUUAUAAAUCUAUCUUUGCACAAGUGUAAUCUUGAUUCAUAUUGACUUUGCCUAAUGGCCUUUGAUUCUUGUACUCAGUGAAAGAUAUGAAACUGAAAAGUAAAAAUUUUCUUUAAUAUUAGGGACAGGAACACUUUGGGCUUCUGGUAUUUUGAGGAGUAGUAUUAACUACAAUUCUAAUUUGUUUUCAGGUUAGUGUGUGGAACAAAUUAGUAUUUUUUUAGUAGAUUUUUGCUUUACACUAGGUGGCAGUUUUUUUCAUUACACCUUGAACCUUUAUAGUAGAUUUCUGUAGAAACUUGUUUCCUUUACCUUCACCAGAAGCUACUUUAAAUAUACACUGUAUAGUUUUUAUAAAGAAAAAUGAUAUGGCUUAUUUUUCUGUCUCCUUUUGGUUGUAUUUACUGUAAUUGUUCAGUAUAGUAUUCCUACAUUUACUGUUGAAUGAACUCCCCAAGGAUUGUAGGUUUUAACCUGUUGAUUGUGAAAAGAUGUGUUUUGUUACAAAUUCUUGUUUAAAAAAUAAACUCCAGGAGUGGAACAUUGGCUAAUAGUGAGUUCCCAACUGCUUUAAAGGAUUCAGGCAAAUGUAAACUCUGGCUUGUAGUGUGACACAAGAAGUAAAUAUUAAAGGAAAAGAAAAAUCACAUAAAUUUGAAAAAUUCCAUCAGCAAGGUUGGAGAAGGGAGUUGUUGAGGGAUUUUGUUUGUUUUUAUUAUGUACAGGGGGGAGUGGUGGGAUUGAUUUGCGUAUCUGCCGCGCACACACACACACAUACCCACACACCCGCCCCCUUUUCAAGCAAAUUCCUGUGUUUACCAAAAGCACAUGCUGUAUAUUUUGUUCCCCCUUUGUGUGUUUAUAGUAUUUUGAAGGAUAAAUGGAAUUGGGUAUUUGUAUGUGGGGAUAUUAAAAGUUGUGGCUGCUCUCUUUAUGGAAGGGAAAAACAAAUGAAGUUAAUGCACUUCUUUUCGUAGUUCAGAAGUCACUGUGAUGUAUAUUUUUUUAAUGAAAUUUAGGAAUAAAGCUGUUGUUGCAGUUGUAUGAUUAGUUUCAAAAUGCUGCUUAUCAUUAGUCUAGUAACUGUUAAACUGUUUUCUGCAAACUGCAUUUUACAGAAUUUAAACUGAAACUGUAUCAACUUUUAUAGUUAAACAUUGUAUUAAAUAAACUAUACUAUCAUAAACAGUUUGUUUUGUAUUUUUUACAUUGUAUUAGCUUAUCUGGCCUUUAUUUUUACUAAAAGCUAAAUAAUGAAGAUAAAUCAAUUAAAAUAAUACUUUUAUUUUACCUAUGAGGAUACAGAAAUUGUACUAGGAAAAAACUAAGCAAAGAGUUUAACAAUGCUGAACCUCUUCUAAGAAUUUAGCAGUGACAAUUUCCAGGUUCAGGAAUAAGUUCUAGUGUAAUUGUUUAAUCAUAAUGCUUCACAUUGGAAGGUGUCUUUUGCCUUGGCAGACUUUUAAGGUUAUACGUUGGAAUUUGCAUUACUGUCUACUGGAAUGCUACUAUUUGCUUUUUAAUUCCUCCAAAUUUCUCAGCAAUGGGAACACUGUAUUAUAUUCUGUGCCUGCCAGUUUUAAUAUAACACUUACCAUUGUAAAGCCAUAUAAAUGUUAACUGAGUUUUGUAAAACAGAUUGUCUAGUUUUUUGUUUCUUAUUUUUGUUUUUAUUUAAAUUAGGUAUAUUUAGGGAAGAUGAACCUAGUUAACUUGAGAGUUAGUCACUGAAAAUAUAUAUGCUUAAUUAAAAACAUUCUAACCAUUCAGUGGUUUAUAUGUGUUAGCAUCUGAAUAUUAUUAAACUCUCAAAAUCUGGAGUGUUUUUAAAUGUUUUAUUAAGCCAGGAGAACAUGUAAAAUGUGAGUUGCUUCAUAUGGACUGUGUGCAAAUUGUGUAUUAAACUACUUUUAGUUUCAA